GGAGAGUCUGUACUUGCUAUAGAAUGUGUCUGGCUGCUUAAGCUUGCAGACAACUGAUGAAGUCCAACUCUGAGAUUUCAAGCAAUUUGGAUACCAAGCUCCUCCUUUUCUAUAGCCUCCUCUUCCAUUGGUAAAAUUCUUUUGCAGGGUCAUGUCGGGAUCCCACCCCUUCUCUGUGUUUUCACUCUGAGGCUCUACACAACUUUACACCUGAAUGAACGCCAAACCUCAGGGAUAUAUAAAGGGGACCUUGAGGAGGAAUUUCACAGUUACAGGGCAGAAGCAGAGGGAAAGGCAUUAACCCGCUCUCCAGCCAAGCAAAUCCUCCACUCACCAUGCUCCCUCCUGCCAUUCAUUUCUAUCUCAUGCCCCUUGCAUGCAUCCUAAUGAAAAGCUGUUUGGCUUUUAAAAACGAUGCCACAGAAAUCCUGUAUUCACAUGUGGUGAAGCCUGUUCCCGCACAGCCCAGCAGCAACAGCACGAUGAAUCAAGCCAGGAACGGAGGCAGGCACUUCAGUAAUGCUGGACUGGAUCGGAACACUCGGGUUCAGGUGGGCUGCCGGGAACUGCGUUCCACCAAGUAUAUCUCUGAUGGCCAGUGCACCAGCAUCAGCCCCCUGAAGGAGCUGGUCUGUGCUGGUGAGUGCCUGCCUCUGCCUGUGCUCCCCAACUGGAUUGGCGGAGGCUACGGAACCAAGUACUGGAGCAGGAGGAGCUCCCAGGAGUGGAGGUGUGUCAACGACAAAACGCGCACCCAGAGAAUCCAGCUGCAGUGCCAAGAUGGCAGCACGCGCACCUACAAAAUCACGGUGGUCACCGCCUGCAAGUGCAAGAGGUACACUCGGCAGCACAAUGAGUCCAGUCAUAACUUUGAGAGCAUGUCGCCUGCCAAGCCAGCCCAGCAUCACCGAGAGAGGAAAAGAGCCAGCAAAUCCAGCAAGCACAGCGUGAGUUAGAACUCAGACUCUCAAAACUGGACUGACUAGUAACCAUCUGCUUUACAGAUUUGAGUGCUUGGAAGACUCAAGCCUGCCAUUGCUAUUUUCUUACUUGAAAAUAUACGCUUUCUGCUUUGAUCAAACCCAGCAAGCUGUCCUAAGUAUCAGGACCUACUUUAGAAAGAACUUUUCAAGUUUUUCAAGAUGUAUGCAAAUCCAUCAGUGCAAUUUGCAUUUAAAUUCCAUGCAUCCUGUAGUUUUAAUUCUCCAUGGUUCUUGAAAGACUGGGGAUACUAUAUACAUACUAUAUACUGAAUCAUUACUUUUAAAAACAGAGAAGGGCUUCUCAGUAACCCUUCACUCCCCGACCCAUCCCCCUCAACAAAACCCCUUCAAAACUGAAAAGUUAAAAAAAAAAGUUGUCAUGAAUCUUUCCAAUAACACUUCAGAAAGAUGGUUUUUUGGUAAUCUUCAUGGGAACAGGUUAGCAGCCACGAGUGAUCUUCCUUUGAAACAGUAAAAGACCUUGUGACAUUUCACUUCAAAAAUAAGCCCUGUAGCCUUUUACAGUCUCAUAGUAUGAAAUUAUACCCUGCAUGCUGACCCUUGCUUGGAAUGGAAUGCCAGAAAUGCAUGGCAGCAGCUAAUAAGUAAAGCUGAUUAACUAUUUAUUUGUCAAUGUUAUUAUUUAAUGAGCAUUCACAUGUGAUUUUUUUCAAAAUGUUAAUUUUUUUUAUGUUAUGAAGCUUUUUUAUGUACCUAAAUAUUUUCCUGUAUGAUUUGUGGUUGAUCUAGAAAUAUGAGAAUACAUGUUGUAGAUAUGUAAAAUAAAUAUUUUAGUCUUUUUAUUACAAUAUGUUUCACCAUGAACUUCAUCAAUAGUAUGGAUCUUUUUAAAUCAAUAAGAUGCUUUGUAAAGCUAAAAUAUAAAAUGUUUUCUUGUUUAAUCUGUGCAAUCAGAAGGUGAUUUGACCUUCAGUUCUAUCCGUUUCUUUUAACAAAAAUAAACACUGUUAAAAGUUA